CAAUCAAGAUGUCAACAUGAAAAGUUUUUCUAUAUUUUUAUCGUUUUUUAUUUUUUUAUUAAAUAACGUACUCACACAUGAUGAAAGCCAAAAUACUACUUAUCAAAACACCACUGACAAUGCGAUAUUUGAAUCUUCCACAAUAUUUGCCCUUGAUACAGUACGACCUGAGAAAAUUAUCCUCGGAAUUAUUGAUGCCACACCAACGACUCUUGAUUUGGCAGCUAACAAUGCAACCAUAUUAUUAUAUACAAAUACAUCUCUUUUGAGAAACAAUGAAACUUAUGGUGUGAAUGAUACCCGUCGUCAAAACUACAAAGACAAGAAAGCCGUGGAAGCUAUGAAAGAUAAAGCUGUUAAGAAAAAGUUGGCGCCAGAAAAAGAAUUAGGUCUUGGUGAACCCUACUGGCCUCAGGGAGACUGGGUAUUCUUGAGGUAAGUUGUACAGUAGACUGCACAUCAGUGGUAACUGUCUUGCACCUUAACUCAAUAGUAAUAAGAACGAUUUUCCUGUAAAACUGUUAGGUACCACUGACCUGAAGUUGA